AUGGCUUCUUCUUCUUCUUCUUCAGCUUCAUCCAUUCCCAAGACCAGCUUCAAGUAUGAUGUAUUUUUGAGUUUUAGAGGUGAAGAUACUCGUAAGAGCUUCGUCGAUCAUCUUUAUGAGGCUCUAAAGAAAGAAAGCAUUGAAACUUACAAGGAUGACAAGAACCUUGAGAAAGGGAAAAAGAUCCGUAAGGAACUCAUUCAAGCCAUUGAAGAAUCAAGACUCCAUGUCAUUGUUUUCUCCAAGAACUACGUAUCAUCGUCUUGGUGCUUGGACGAACUUGUCAUGAUUACGGAGUGCCAAAAGAGGCAGACUGAGCAGACCCUUUACCCCAUCUUCUAUGAUGUGGAACCGACUGAAGUCCGUAAACAAAGUGGGGCAUUUGGAGAAGCCUUUGCCAAAUGUGAAAAAGAAGAGUCUGAAGGGAAAUGGAGAAAGGCUCUACAAGAUGCAGCAUCAUUCAGUGGGAGGGACUUGAGGACCACCGCAGAUGGGCAUGAAGUUGAAUUUAUCAAACUAGUUGUUAAGGAUAUCUCAUCCAAGCUACCCGUCGUCAGCACUGAUGGCAAUUUAAUAGGCAUGAGGACUCGGAUAAAUGGUGUGGUUUCAUCUUUAAACGCAUUUCCCGAUGAGUUAAGCAUGAUAGGAAUCGUGGGGAUGGGAGGUGGUGGGAAGACAACUUUGGUCAGAGCUGUUUUUGAUCGAAUAUGCGAUGAGUUUGAAGGUAGCAGCUUUGUGGAGAAUGUCCGGGAAUGUUCAAAUUCUCUUCAAUUAGGUUUGAAAUCGUUGCAACAACAAGUCCUUAGAGAUGUGUUGAAAAAGCAAGACAUAUAUGUAAAUGGGGUUCUUGAAGGGAAAAAGGAGAUGAAAAAGAAGAUGGGUGGUAUAAAGGUUCUUGUUGUUCUAGAUGACGUAGAUGAUGUAGAGCAGCUCAAGGCGUUAGCCGGUGAACCUAAUUGGUUUAAGCCGGGAAGUAAAAUUAUCAUUACAACAAGAGACAAGCAAGUAUUGGUAGCACACAAAGUAGCGAACUCCAAUAUUCACGAUGUCAAUCUAUUAACAUAUGACGAAGCAAUUUGCCUCUUGAGUAGGUGUGCAUUUGGGAAAGAGAGUCCAAAUCCUGGGUACGAAAAGCUAUCAAGAGACAUUGUAAGUUAUGCUGCUGGUCUCCCCUUAACAAUCACAGUUUUGGGUGCGUUUCUCUGUAAUGCAAAGGAGCGUGUAUGGAUAGAUACCCUUGCAAGACUUGAAAAAAUUCCAUUGGAUAAAACUCUACAAAAGCUGGAAUUAAGCUAUAUGGGUCUAGAUACCGAUUGCAAGGAAAUAUUCCUAGAUGUUGCAUGCAUAUUGAAAGGUUGGAAGGAAGAAAAAGCAAUCAUAGCGCUUGAAAGCCGUGGAUUUCAUGCUAUACACGGUUUGACUGUUCUUCAGAACAAAUCUCUCGUAACUAUUUCUAAAUAUGGGUACUUGACGAUGCAUGACCAUAUAGAAGAAAUGGGGAGAUACAUUGUUCGUCGUUCGAACCUUAAUGAGCCUGGAAGACGCUCCCGAUUGUGUAUUACGAAGGAAAUUGAAGAUAUAUUGGUUAACGAUUUGGGGACUGAAGCAACAUGUAUAGAUUUGUUCACGACAAAAGUCAAUAAAAAAACUAUUAUGAAAGGUCUUAAAAAGAUGGAGAAACUUCGAUUUCUUCACGUGAUCGACUGUGCAAUAGAUUUGGACUUUGAUGAAGAUGGCGGUUACUUACCAGAUUCUUUGCAAUAUCUGAAGUUCCAACAUUGUCGUUUACAUGUUUUACCGAAAACAUUUCAAGGAAGUAAUCUUGUUGCUCUUGAAAUUUGGGGCAUGAAACAACUUUGGGAAGGGGGAGAGAGAAAGGUUCUUCCCAAACUCCGAUUCCUUACGCUCCGUUGGUCAAGUUUGACGACCUUUGACCUUGGGCUAACUCCAAAUCUCGACAUAUUAGAUCUUGAAUAUAGUCGUGAUUUGGUAGAAUUUCACAUGCCUUUUCCAUUCCCAAAACUCAAAUCCCUCAACCUCAAUGGUUCAAUGUUGAGUACCCUUGACCUCAGGUUGGUUCCGAAUAUCGAGACAUUGAAUCUUAUGAAAUGUUUAGAUUUGGUAGAACUUCACAUUCCAUGUGAAUGUCCACAACUCAAAUUCAUCAACGUGAGUAGUCCAAAGUUGAGGUCCCUUGACCUUAAGUUGGUUUCGAAUAUCGAGACGUUAAAUCUUAAUGRUUGUUGUGAUUUGGUAGAACUUGUCAUGCCAUGUAAAUGUCCACAACUCACAUCCCUCAACCUGAGUGGUUCAAAGUUGAGGUCUCUUGACCUUAGGUUGGUUCCGAAUAUCGAGACACUGAAUCUUCAUGGAUGUAAGGAUUUGGUAGAACUUUGCAUCCACCGUGAAUGUCCACAUCUCAAAUCCCUCGACUUGAGUUGUCCACCUUCUUUGAGGUCCCUUAACCUUGGACCAACUUCGGAUUUCGAGAUAUUGAAAUUAGAAGAAUGUGAUUAUUUGGUAGAACAUGACAUGUUCCUUGAAUGUCAACAACUCAAAUCCCUUGUCCUCGAUAUUCCAACGUUGAGGACCCUUGACAUUGGGUCAAUUCCGAAUCUCGAGACAUUAAAACUUCAAGGAUGUUAUAAUUUGGUGGAACUUCGCAUGCASGAWGAACGUUGCAAACUAAGAACCCUCAGCCUUGGAUGUCCACAGUUGAGGACCUUUGACCUUGGGAUGACUCGGAAUCUUGAGGCUUUGACUCUUGAUGGGCAUGAUGAUUUGGUACAACUUCUCGAUUCCGUCAGAUAUCAACAACUCGAAGACCUCGAAGUGAUUAAUUCAAAGUUGAGUACCCUUGAGCUGACCCGAAAUCUCAAGAAGUUGAUUCUUACAUCUUGUGAUUUGGUAGAACUUCACAUCCCCGUUGGAGACGUAAUGCUCAAAUCUCUGGACAUCAAAGGAUGCUCAAAGUUGAAGACCCUUGACCUUGGGGGAACUCCAAAUCUCCAGAGUUUACACAUUGAAGAAUGUUCCAGUUUGGUAAAACUUCUUGCUCCCAUUGGAGGUCUAAAAAACCUCACCAACUUAAAAGCAAAAGGUUUUUUGAGGUUUACAAAUUUAUAUAUCGAGAGAUCUUAUGGAUUAUUAUUACCUAGCUUAUAUCUGAAUGGAAAGUUGAUAGAUACAUGCCCAUUGCACCCCGAUGAUAAUUUCCCCAAGUUUCAGUUUGAUUGUACAUAUCAUGAAGAUCAACCCUCAUUGAUUGGAAAUGUUGAGAAGCUUAUUUCGAUAGGUUCCUCUUGUGCUUGCACAGACCUUGAGAGUUUUUUCGGAAGCAUUUGUGGUUUACAGCACUUAGGAUACCUUACACUCAGAUGCGAUAUUCCAGAGGCGCCCAAAGACCUUGACAACUUACAAUGUCUAGAGCAGCUCACUUUGUCGUCUCCAAGUAUUAAACAUCUUCCUGAUAGCAUUUUAUCGUUGAAACAUCUAAAAUUUCUCAAUCUUUUUGGUUGUAUGCUUCUUGAGAAGUUACCAGAGGAGCUUGACCGAUUAGAAUGUUUAGAGGAACUAUAUUUGAUGUCUAAAAAGAUUAAACAUCUUCCGUAUAGCAUUUGUAUGUUGAAACAUCUGAAAUCUCUAUCACUUUAUGACUGUGAGCUUCUUGAGAAGUUACCGGAGGAUCUUGGUCGAUUAGAAUGUUUAGAGAGGCUAAUACUAGAACGAUGUCUAGUUUUACGAGAUAUUCCGAACAACAUAUGUAGGUUGAAAAGUCUAAAAUAUCUCAGUCUCCAUGAUUCUAUUAGAGUUGAGAAAUUGCCAGAGGAACUUGGAUGUUUAGAAUGUUUAGAAAAGUUGGAUAUACGAGGUACAAGCAUAAAUAAUCUUCCCCCGAGCAUUUCAUCGUUAGGAGGUCUGGAAAAUGUUCAAUCAGAAGAUGGAACAACCACAACUACAACUACAACAACAACUACAGGAGGCUGCUGUACUGUACUGGAUGUCAUGUUUAUGAAGCUAUCAUACAAGAAUGGACUCAGCGGUGUAGGAUACGGUAAUAUGAAGAAGUUAGCUGUGGUUGAGUACUAUUCAAAGAUUUGGAAUUAUCAUGAUGAAGCUGCAGCCCAGAAACAGCAGUCACGUCUGGCGGUUUUCUGGGAUCGAUUGGAAAAACUGUCGAGAGGGAGACGAGGACGAGAACCAGAGGAUAGAAAUCGGAGGGCAGAACCAGAAACAGAGAAAGAGAGCAGAAAUCAAUCGAUUGAGAGGGAGCAGGACGAGAAACUGUCGAGGAGGAGGGAGCAAGACAGGAAGCCGAUCGGGAGAGGGAUUGAUCAGAAAUCGACCAGCAGAGAGAGUAAGCAGAAACUGUUGAUCGAGAGGGAUUGA